UUAGUGCUACACCGGAAAUAGAUGCUGCUACAACGCUAGUCAGUGUUUGAAAAUUAAGCAAACCAGUGCAUUUAUCGGCGUGAUUUUUUUAAAAUCGUACAGUUAAUACGCCGUUUAAAGUAGAGUCCUGGUUUGGAUAAUAUCGUUUUUUUUCCCCUGAAGCCCAUAGUUUAAUAUUUGGAUGCAUCUCGCUUAGCUGGAUAACUAGCGGAUGAUUUUACAGAGCAUGGUUGCAGUGUUGAUCAGCUAGGUCGCUAGCUUGGUGCUCAGAAAGUGUCCAUGGGGAAAAGGAAAGACAUGAUCCACCCCAGGUUUCUUGUAGGGGAUGAGGAUGAAUACAAUGUUCACAGGAAAAAACACAAAAAGCACAAAAAACAUAAGAAGAAGCACCACCGCGACGAUGGUCACAGCUUCUCCUCUGAGGCUCUGGAGUCAGACUCUGGCAUCGUUCUGAAACCUCCACAGCUUAAACUGAAGAUUAAACUAGGAGGACAAACCUUGGGCACAAAGAGUGUGCCAACCUUUACGGUGGUUCCAGAGGCACUGCACUCCCUGUCUCCCCUGAUUGUGGAUAGUGACGAGGAAGACUCUGAUGAAGAUGAGCCCUCUGAAGGAGUCCCCAUUGAGCAAUACCGUGCUUGGCUGGAUGAGGACAGUAACUUGGAUCCCUCUCCUCUGCCGGACAUGGACACAGACUCAUAUUUGGAAGGUCCUAUGGAUGAGGAAGAGCGAUGGCUAGAUGCUCUGGAGAAAGGAGAACUGGACGACAAUGGAGAGCUGAAGAAAGAAAUUGACGAGUCUCUUCUUACUGCCAGACAGAAAGCGCUCUUGCACAAGCAGCAGAGCCAGCCCCUGCUGGAACUGCCCAUGGGCUACAAGGAGAAGGAGGUGACGGCAGAAAUGCUGCAGAAGCGCGAGGAGCGCGCCCGCAAGAGGCGCCUCCAGGCCGCCAAGAAGGCAGAGGAGAACAAAAACCAGACCAUCGAGAGGCUUACCAAAACCAGCAAGGCCAAGCUCAAGAGCACGAAGGAACGCAAGUCCAAGCAGGCACAAGUGCCCAUGGUGAGGUACACAGAUUCGGCCCAGGGCAUGGGAGUGUCCUACCCUGCCGGGGUGACUGCCCCUACCCCUGCUCCGCGACCACCUCUUCCAGCUCCAGUGAGCUGUGGGGUCUUGGGGUGCUCAAAUCUGAAGAAGUACUCCUGCUCCAAGACUGGGACUCCUCUCUGCAGUCUGGACUGCUAUAAGAAGAACUUGAUGCUUGUGGAGAGUGCAGCUUAAGGAGCUCAUGACUUAACCCAAAACAUGGCUAAAAGUGUAUUUUGAAGGGUGCAAGUUUAUAACUUUAACACAAUAUAUUUCGAGAAGUUGGUUACAAAUGAUGCCUGGAAGGGAUUGAAGUUCAUUCAAAAACACGAUCUGGGCCAGUUUUCGCACCGCCUCAGCUUUUACAUUUUGGGUGCUGAUGCUCCAAGCUGGCACUCUAAAUUAUCUCUGGCAGGACUUUUUGUUAAUAUACUCAGUAUCUCAAACUUGUUUUCCUUCUGAAUUCUGCAUAAUUUAUUUUAUUUGCAUAAUUUAUUUUUCAGGUGAGUGAAACCAAGAUUAUAUUUUGAAAUUUAGAAUUCUAAAUUAACGAGUAAGGAGAAUCUGCACCUCUGUAAGUACACCUUUUAAAACUAAUAAUCCUGACUCUGCUUUGACUGCUAUUCAGGAUUCUCACACCAUUUACCAUUCACUUCUGAUUUAAUUAUGUUAAUUAGCAGAUAAGAGCCUUGUGCUGAAUCAGUUUAAAAGUGAACAUUAAACUCAAUGUGUUUAAUAUGUUUAGAGCGUCAGUGUAUCAAGGCUUUAUUGCUUAGGCUCCUUGAUGCUUCAAUUCUAUUUUUGUAAAAGGUAUGGAAUAAAUGACACUCUUAAAAGGUGA